AUAUAUAUAUAUAUAUAUAACUGUAUAUGUACAUAUAUAUGUGCACUUCUGCAUAACAUUGUAUCUUUAUUAACAUUAAAGACAACAAAAAACGAAUAUAUUUAAAUUUCAACAAAAACAUUUUUUAGUCCAUAAUAAAAAAGAUUUGAAGUUUGUCCCUAAAAUUAAAAUAAUUUUUAUCCUUAUUUCAUUUUUACAACAUUUGACUGACUUGAAUAAUUUGAUGCUAAAAAAAAACAAAAAACAACUAAAUUAAACUCAAUAUAUAAUAAUACAUUUAAAUUAAUCAGCAACAUGUACUCAGAGCACAACAUAUAAAAGACUUUAACCUACAAAUCAAAAAUGAAUAAAAUAUUUUUUUAAUUUGAGCAAAAUGAGGAAGUCAGGAUUGAUACUGAUAAAGCACAUUCUCUGGGACCGCCCCACUAUUUGAGAAGAACUCAAUGAUGUUGACAAUUUAAUUGAAGAACAAUUUGUGAGCAAAAUGUAAAAAUUCUAUUUGUUCGAAUACAGUCUUUUGAAAUGUUACGUGUGAAAAAAUUAAGUGCACAAAUAUGUUUUUUGUUUCAAAACUCAAGAUUCACUUUUGGUAAAUUAAGACUGAAGCGAUCGAUCCUGCCUCUGAACCAGCCAAUGGGGUGUCAAGUAUGAAGUCACGUGAUACGGGGCAAAUAUUACUGCACUCAAUUUUAACACACUAAUUUUUCAAACGUGCAAAUUUUUAAUUCAAUGAUAUUGUCAGCAUAGUUUGAUAUAAAAAAAACAUUCAGUUCACAAAAUUCAAUCGCAAAAAAUUAAGUUACAUUAAUUUAGUGUCAAAAAAGAGCUUUCGUAAUAAAAACUCAAAUCAACCUCCAUACAGGAGUUCUGCUUUUUUUUCCAAAUGUGAUCUUACUUUUUUUUUAAGGCAUUCCAAAUAGCUUUCACUGCACUGUCAAAACAAAAAAAGCCUCCAAGCAGUCGUGAAACAUUCUGCUAAUGUUUGUGUGUGUUUUUAUGAAUGUCCAAUUAAUUUAUUGAUAGGAAUUGGAGUCCGAUAAAGCCUUCAUCUGCCAGUUUUAUACUACUAAUGUCUUACGUUGGGUAUCACAAAGAACCUUUUUCCUUCAGUUCGUCGACCAAGAUUGAAGCUGUUACUGUAAUCUGCUCAUGCAGUCUCGUGAAAUAUGUGACCGCUCGGGAUAUUUUCCUCUCAGCUCCACAUCAGGGUGUUCAGUUUUUGUUCUUUAGGGAGGAGGCGACACGAGUUACACUAGUGCAGUGCUUCUCAGCUAGUUUCUAUUACGCCCCCCCAGGAAAAGGUUGGAAAAAAAUAUAUAUAUUUAAAAAAAAAAGAAAAGCAUAAAUAAAUGAAAAAUAUAAAUAAAACAAAAGAGAUGUAUAAAUAAUUGAAAAAAUAAAAUGUUCUAAGUACACCUUUGCAUAACUAAAAAAAUAAAAUUAAUAAAAAUGUAGAUCAACUUUUAACAAAAAAAAUAUUUAUUGUUUCGUGGUCUGUGAUAAAAUAUUUGAAGUUAAUCAAUUUUGCUUUGAAUUUAAAAAAAAUAAAUACAGAAUAGUUGACCAACUUGAACUAUUUGAUAUUAAAAAUUUCAAUUGAAUGAACCCAAUAAAUCAAAAGGAGUAAACAUGUGUCAUACAUUCCCCUCUGCACAACAUUGUAUUCUUAAGAAUAUAAAAAAAAAAAAAAAAAUACAGAAAUCAAGAUCAACUUACAACAAAUAAUAACUUUAUUCACAUUGUUUUGCAGUCUGAAAGAAAACACUUGAAGCUCAUUAAUUUGCCUGAAAUAGAAAUAUUUCUAAACAUUUAGAGAGUUUUUUAUUUGACCAGCUUGAACUAUUGAUACGGAAAAAAAUAAGUCAAAACAGUAGGACAGGACAAGUUAAAGAAUGAAAUGUGAUUAAUUUUAUUUUUUUAUUUUUAUAUAAGUACACUUCUGCAUAACUUUGUAUCCUUAACAAUAAAGAAAACAAUAUGGAUCAACUCACAACAAAGACAUAUAUUUACUAACAUGGUUUUUAGUCCAACAGAAAAUAUUUGAAGUGAAUCAAUUUGCCUGAAAUUGCAAUUUUAAAAAAAAAUCCAUAUUCAAACUAUAAACAUUUUUUUGCAUGACUUAUACUAAUUUGAUAUUGAAAAGUAAAAUAAGACCAACUCAAUAAUUAAUAAUACAUUCUAAUUUAUCAGCAACAGUAAUGAACUCAGGAGCACAAUAUAUAAACCACUUGAACCUACAAAAUAAUUUGUGCUGAUUAUUUGUUUUAAUCCAAAUGAAGCACGAUACUGAUAAAGCACAUUCCCCGGGGUCACAAUUUGAGAAGAACUGCACUAGUGAUAGAUUAAAUCUACACACCUGCUCACACCUCCCGGAUGCAAUGUUUUACAGUUACUCGAACGCAUCACGUGUGUGUUGUCUUCACUUUUCCACCAUUCUGAUUGUAACGAGUGUAAAGCCAUGAUGUUUGUUGCUCAACAGAUUAAAACCGCUUUCUUUGUACGCCUUCUGCAAUAACUUGUCAGCAAAACAUGCAAACUAAGUUCUUCAUUAAGCACUUUGGUUGGAUAAAGUUCUCCUUUCACGCAAACAUGUGUCAUGAAGGGUGUGUGCACAAUUAGAAACUGACAAGUAUUGCUUCGGAACAGAAGUCAACUAGGAAACAAACUGAAGCCCGAAGUGGCGCUCGUUUGUUUUGCUUUGAAGCGGGUCCUUUCAGACCCGAAGUGGACCAGAACAAUAUGAAAGCAAAAUGAUUUGUUCACUUUAACCUGCACACGGACACACCUAAUUGAGAUGAUCUCACUCUGGUUUGUUUAAUAUGUGCAAUGUGAACAGGAAUUAAUCCAGAUUGACUUUAUAUCUUGUUGAUAUUGUGUUAAUUGAUACCUAAUCAAAACUAAAGUGUACUGGAUCUCAGUUUGAGUGACCUAAUUUGUGCAAUGUGAACAGAAAGUGAUCCAGAUUGACUUUAAAUUGUAUUGCUAUGGAUUUAAUUGGGACACAAUCACCACAAGUGCACUGGAUCUCAAAUUGAUUCACUUAACCUUUGCAAUGUGAACAUACAGUGAUCUAAAUUGACUUCAUCUUGUAUUGAUUUUGUUUCAAUUAGGACACAAUCAAAACAAGUGUACUGGAUUUCAAUUUGAUUCAAGUAAUCUGUGCAAUGUGAAUGGAAAGUGAUCCAGAUUGACUUUACAUUAUAUUGCUAUUGUUUUAAUUAAGACCCAAUCCAAACAAAUCUGUGCUGAAUCUCAGUUUGAUUCACUUCUUCUGUGCAAUAUAAACACAAAGUAAUCCAGAUUGACUAUCUUGUAUUUCUUUUGUAUAUAUUGAGGCCUAAUAAUGCCUGAAGUCGACCAUAUUUCAAUUUCAUUUACGUUAUAUAAGCAAUGUGAACAGUAAGUGAUCCAGAUUGACUUUACUUUACUUGCUAUUGUGUUAACACCCUAUCAGAUCUCAAGUGAACCCGAUCUCGAUUUGACUCACUUUAUCUGUGCAAUGUGAACAGAAGAGAUCCAGAUUUAUUUUCUCUGCAUUGCUAUUCUGUUUAAUAAGACCUACUUAGACCUAACUGAAGUAGAUCUCAAUUUGAUUUUGUUAAUUCCUGCAAUAUGAACAUGAAAUCAUCCGGAUUGGUUUUACUUUGCAUUUCUAAUCUGUUAAUUCAGACCUAAUUUGACCUAAACUGAACCAGAUCACAAUUUGAUUCACUUCUUCUGUGCAACGUACACAGAAAGUAAUCCAGAUUAAUUUUAUCCUGUAUUUGUUUUGUAUAUAUUAAGGCCAAAUCAUACCUGAAGUGAACCAUAUUCCAAUUUGAUUUACGUUUUCUGAGCAAUGUGAACGUUGAGUGAUCCAGAUUGACUUUACUGUUUUUUGCUAUUGUGGUAACACCCAAUUAGACCUCAAGUGAACCAGAUCUCAAUUUGACUCACAUUAUCUGUGCAAUGUGAACAGAAAGUUAUCCGGAUUAAUUUUACUUCGUAUUGCUAUUCUGGUAAUUAAGGUCUACUUAGACCUCAACUGAAAUAUGAUCUCAAUUUGAUUUACUUAAUCUGUGCAAUGGGAACAGGAAAUAAUCCAGAUUGGUUUUACUUUGUAUUGCUUUUCUGUUAAUUAAGACCUAAUUUGACCUAAACUGAACCAGAUCUCAAUUUGAUUCACUUCAUCUCUGUAAUGUGAACAGGAAAUUAUCCAGAUUGAUUUUCACUUUGAAUUGGUACUCUGUUAAUUAAGACCUAAUUUGACCUAAACUGAACCAGAUCUCAAUUUGAUUCACUUCAUCUCUGUAAUGUGAACAGGAAAUGAUCCAGAUUGAUUUUUACUUUGAAUUGGUACUCUGGAAAUUAAGACCUUAUUAGACCUAAACUGAACUAGAUCUCAGUUUGAUUUACUUAAUCUGCGCAAUGUGAACAGAAAGUGAUCCAGAAUUACUUUGCCUUGCCUCGUUAUCGCACUGAUUGAGAACUGAAAUUAACCAGAUCUCAUUUUGAUGCACUUCAUAAGUGCAAUGUGAAUAGGAACUGAUACAGAGUGAUGUUGCUUCAAAAUAAUAUUUUUAAAAUUUAGAUAUAUUAAGAGCUAAACUGAACCAGAUCUCAAUUUGAUUCACUUCAUCUCUGUAAUGUGAACAGAGUGAUCCAGAUUGUUUUUUUCUUUGUAUCUCUAUUCUGUUCAUUAAAACUGCACUGAAUUAGAUCUGUGCAAUGUGAUCCAGAAUGACUUGUCCCGCUAUUUUACUGAUUGAAGCCAAAAUAGUCCUGAAAUGAACCAGAUUUCAAUUUGAUUCACUUUUUAAGUGCAUUGUUAACAGGAAAUGAUCCAGAUUGGUUUUACUUUAUAUUGCUGUUCUGUUAAUUAAGAUCUAAAAUUUCAGUUUGAUUCACUUCAUAUGAUCACUUUCUGUUCACAUUGCACAGAUUGAUUUUACUUUGGAUUGCUAUCCUGUUGAGGCCUAAUUAAAACUGCACUAACUAGAUACAAAUAUGAUCUACUUACAUCGCAAUUUUUGCAAUGUGAACAGAAAGUGUAGACCUGAAAUUAACCAGAUCUUAAUUUGAUUCACUUUAUAAGUGCAUUGUGAACAGGAAAUGAUCCAGAUUGAUUUUACUUUGUAUCGCUAUUCGGUUAAUUAAGACCUAAUUAGACCUAAACUGAACUAGAUAUCAAUUUGAUUUACUUAAUAUGUGCAGUGUGAAAAGGAACUGAUCCAGAUUGUUUUUUAUUUUGAAUUGCUAUUCUGUUAUUUAAAACCUAACUAGACUUAAACUGAGCAAGAUCUCAAUUUGAUUCAUGUAAUAUGUGCAAUGUAAACAGGAACUGAUCCAGAUUGGUUUUUAUUUUGAAUUGUUAUUCUGUUAUUUAAGACCUAACUAGACCUAAACUACGCUAGAUCUCAAUUUGAUUUACGUAAUAUGUGAAAUGUGAACAGGAAAUUAUCCAGAUUGACUUCACUUUGUAUUUCUGAGCUAGAUCUCAAUUUGAUUUACGUAAUAUGUGCAAUGUGAACAGGAACUGAGCCAGAUUGGUUUUAUGUUGAAUUGUUAUUCUGUUAAUUAAGACCUAACUAGACAUCAACUGAGCUAGAUCUCAAUUUGAUGUACUUAAUAUGUGCAAUGUGAACAAGAAAUGAUCCAGAUUGACUUUACUUUGUAUUUGUAUUGUUUUAAUUAGGAUAUGUUUGUGUGUGUAUGCUAUUUUGGAUGACAUUUUGUUGAAUAUUGGAAAUGUUCCUUAAAUGUGACUGUGCGUCCACUGGUGACCCUUAACCUCCCCUGGGACCCCAGUCACACACACCCUCCACGCGCACCCGCACAGCUGUUAGCAAUGAAAAUCCCACCCAACCAAAUCUCUCCCACAGCCUCCGCGCGUCUAACAUGCGUGCGUAAAAAAAAAAAAAAAAAAAAGGCGCGUUUACCGACACCCGGAUGGCUGGGGCGGCGCGCGCAUCCAAGCGAGCCAGCAGCGGGGAUGGACGUGACGUGUUCGGCGAUGGCUUCACGCAUCACAGACACUUCGCCGAAUCAAGACGAGCAGCAACGCCACGAUCUCCAGAUGUCCGCGAGGAAAACACCCCCGCCCACGACGCAGUGACUCACGGCUCCAAAGUAGCCGAAUAAGUGGUCGCCGGUGCGGACGGGGGGAUUCCUGCAGGGGGGCUCUCGCUGCUACUUAAAGCCGAGCCAAGUGCGGCUUUUAUGGGCAAGAGAGGCGUUGAGCUGGAGCCACACGUGGAUAACAUAAAUACUCGUCCAACUCUUCCACGCCACAGCAAACCCUCUCAAUUCACCCCAGAAACAACACUUUUAUUGACAAAAAAAAAAGUACUUUUAAUUGAAGAUUGUCCGGCAGGAAGAUGCGUCAAAUGCACUUUAUUGCCAUGUUCUCCGUUCUUCUUGUCAGCUUGGCCGCAGGAUUUCCCAGCAGACACACAAAUGCUGCUCACAAGGGUCACGGCCACCCGGUCCAGAGCGUCGGGAUCCAGUAUGACGCCGGCGACUUGGAGAGGGAGAACCAGGUGCAAAGUAUGCCGGAGCCCCACAGCCAUCAGAGAAGGUGGCCCCACCCUCAGCACCGCUCCGUGGGCGUACUUCCUCAGCCCGAACCCGAGGAAGAAACCAAACCCUUCAUCCUGGAUUUGAAGAACUUUCCAGACCUGGCAAAUGCGGAUGUGAACUCUCAAAACCCCAACAUUCAGGUCACAAUUGAGGUUGUGGACGACCCUCAGAUGGAGGUAGAGAUGGACCUGGCCAAAGACAACGAGUGGAUACCAGUAUCUUCCUCUUCUUCCUCAGUGGAAUGGCUCGGAGGAAAGAAGCUUUUCUGGCCGCUUUUCUGGAGCUACACUGAUUCAAGUGAGGACAGCAGCAGCCGGUCGGCCAUGGAGGAAACCGGUGAAGAAGAGGAGGAAGACUAUUUGAUAGAUUACGGCAGUGAGGAGUCCUUACUCAGUGGAGUGGGCGGAGAUUGGGACAGCCAAUGGAACGAAGGCUGGGAUCCAAUACAGACCUACUAUGGUAAGUUUAAGAAGGACACCGACGAAUGGACUUCGUGGUCGCCCUGUUCGGUCACAUGCGGACCCGGCGAGAAAAAGAGGACUAAGUCGUGCGGCUACUCGUGCACGCUGACCGAGGCCUCAAAGUGUGACCUGGAGCCUUGUCCUGGGGAAGUCAACACAGUGGCCGAGCCUUUGCCUUUCGACAUGGAGAAUGGGACCGAGCCUUUUGGAACAGAUGUGGACAGCUGCGAAAAGUGGCUCAACUGUAAAAGCGACUUCCUGCAGCGAUACCUCCACCUGGCGUUCCUGGAGCUGCCCAACUGCCCUUGCUCCUUCCCCUCCGAGGUGGCGUACACCGUGGUCAGCCUCUACGAUGACGCCCACCACCGCACCUUCCGAUGGCGGGACGCCAGCGGCCCCAAGGAGCGCCUGGACAUCUACAAGCCGUCGGCCCGCGGCUGCGUCCGCUCGGCGCUUUCCGGCGACUCGUCGACACUCGCCGCGCAGCACUGUUGCUACGACGACCGCGGCCGGCUCAUCACGCGGGGGAAAGGCGCCGGCAUGCCCGACCUCAUCAGCACCGAGUUCUCACCCGAGCUGCACUUCAAGGUGGACGUGCUCCCUUGGAUCCUGUGCAAGGGGGACUGGAGCCGCUUCCACGCCGUGAGGCCGCCCAAUAACGGCCUGAGCUGUCCCCAUAACCCCCAUGAAGACGUGUUCAUGAACGAACUGGAGGAGGCCCGGGAGUACUGACCAGGCCCUCAGUAGGAACCAUGUACUGUUUGUCUAAAGCAUGCGGCAGCCAUUUAUCACGCGUUACCAAGAGAAAACCUUCCCAACGUCCUCGCAGCAGCCUUACCUGAAGGAACUGAACGGCACGAAAAAACAUCCGGGUUGGUCCAUCGCUUGGCAACCAGCUUCAGUUCUGUACCACGAACUUGACACGAGGGCAUGCGGAGAUCACAGCUGGUCAAGACGACGACAAUGCUGCUAUACCGAAACAUUAUUCAGGUGAAAAACACCCCUCCACAUUUGACCUAACUUACAAUAACGUGUUCGGUUUCGAACGACGUCAGGUCCAGAACGAUAAGCUAAAGGCUGUGCUGGAACAGCUUCCAGGCAGUGACAAUGUUUGAUUCCAGAUCCGUUUCCGCAUUCGGAGAAAACAUGACGUGGGUGCCAAAGAGUCGAGAAUCAGUGUUGGUGGCUGUGUACAUUCUGGCUCCUUAAAGGGGAAUGUUGCCUCUCAUUCACAAUCCUUCAGUGAGUUUCUUUUUUUCCUGCCUUUCAAAUAGUUAACUACUGCUAGCAAGAGGCAGCUAACAAUGCAGGCCCUGGAGAUUCAUCUAAAAAGAAAGUUAAUAAAAAACUCAAAUAGCACUCCAUUCACAUUUUUUUAUCUUCAAAUUAACCAAGUGACAUUGUUAUUGAAGGAGCUAAUGCAGAGGAACUACUUGUUUGGUGUUUUGUAACACAGCACCUUCCUCAGAGGUAAGCCAGCCGACGAGCUGCUGCUGUUAGCUCGAUAAUGCACCUCUAUAGUAGAAGAUUGUAGCCAUAAACCCAAAAAGAACUAAACCAUAGUGGUGUUAAUGUUUGGGCACCCGAGUGUCGAUUCAAAUUGAUUUUUGCGAUGUGUUAUGUGAUAUAAAAAAAAAAAAAAUAAUGAUACUUUUUCAAAACAGGCUACAGGUUAGAAAAGAUCCGCCUGGUUUAAAAAGAUUGGACUAAAAACGUAUUUAAAAAAAUUAAUUCUUAAUAAAAAUGUAUUCCUAUUAAAUAAAUGAUUUAUCAUAUAUGUGUAUUUUUUUAAAUAGUUUUAAAAAUUAUUAAUUGAUUUAUAACCGGAUGAAUAACAAUUGUGAUCCAGAUGUAAAUCCAUUUUUUUGUGCACCCUUACUAAAUCGGUGGAUUUUGCUGAAAGAUACAGCCAUCCUGGUGAAAGCGGCCAUUAUAAGUGUUGUAUUCUAUUGUCGAUUCAAUCUAUAGCAGUAGUGCUAACUGCUAACAUGAGAACAAUGGUUUAGUGUUUCUCCAACGCUGAAUGUGCUAAGCAACUGUCUUCUAAAACUUGUAGCCUAUCCUUCGUAUAUUCAGGCUCAAAAAGACAAAGGUCUGAUCAUCAUUUGUUCCAACAGCAGUCAAACACAGGAAGUGCUCUCUAUAUUGUUGUUGACGGAAGUAGUGUUAUUUGCUAGGCGCAGCACUGAGAGCGGACUCAGCCUAGCUAUCUCUAGAUAAUGUUGCAAUGUUCGAUGCCAACAAAGGAACCGCUCCAACGUAAGUUAAGUAAGGCUCCAUUUUACCAAAAAUGCGCGAGUUGGAUGUUAGUGUAAAUUGGCUUUGCUAUUGACAUUCUACUAAUUAGCAUUAGCGAUUUCAACUUUUUAAUUUCCACACCUCCAAAUUUGUUAAUAAAAACUACAACUAAGAUGCAUGUUACAAUCAAACAGCUGGAGCGUAAUAAGUACAUUAUUUACAGUAUUAACACUUUGUAGGGCGCAGCAACAGACAGAAAAGAUUGAAAUGACCAACGCAUAAAUUGUACACUACUGCCAUCUAAUGUCUUGGACCUGCAACUUAAAAUGUGAUAAUAAAACAGGAUAUAACAACUGCUUAUCAUAAUCAGCUCAUUUUUAAAUGUUACAAUAAACAAAAUAAUUCUAUUAUUAAAAACAAUAUUUACCAACACACACAAAAUACAGAAAAUUACUACAGUUGAUUACCGGUAUUAAUGUUGGUACCUUAUCGGUUCAAAGCGGUCCCUAUCCUUACUGUACAAUCAAACUUCCAGCAUGUUGAUAAAAACUUGCUGGAUGAUUUUAGGGUUUCAGCAAGGUCAUUAAAAAACAUUAAAAGUUUUUGGAUUAAUUUUGCAAAAAUUAAGGCCUUUAAUGGCAUUGAAAAACAUUACAUGCUAUGACCUGAGGCAUUCAAAUAAGUUCAUGCAAUUACAUUUGGCAAGAAAAAAGACAACAAAACAAACCACCUGACACAGUUUUUUCAAUUCGGGAAAAAAUUGCACUUUAUGAUGUUCAAUAUUAAUUUAAGUGCAAUUUUUUCUGCCAAGUAUUGAGAGUCCAUUUUAGUUUGGUGUAUGUUUAAUUUUUUAAGACAAUUUCACCUUCCAAUUCUAAUUGUACAAAAUACUACAGUAAUGAAAAAUAUGUUUAUUGCGUUUGAAAGGGUUACUUGCUUUAUUAUUAUUGUAUAUUAUGAUUACUAUAUUGCUUAAGUUCGUGUAAACUUUUUAACUGCUUACAAUGUUGUCGACACAGACCAGUGUACGCUUUUGACUAUAAAUAUUUAUGAUCUGUAGUAGGACAUGGGCAUAUAAAUUGUUUUAAGUUGCAAAAAAACAACAACAUUAAAUUAGAUUUGCUGAUACCUUCAUAAACCCUGGUUUUGUCGUAGCCCUCUCUUGCUAGCAAUUUUUCAAUAUUUAGAACACAGGAAAGAGAAAGACGUGUGUUUUUGUCUUACGUAAGGAUUUUGGAUGAUGGGCAAAAAUGAGAAAAAAAUGUUAAAGUGCAUUUUUCCUUAAAGUCCUCAGGGUGCAAACGUAAUACAACAAGGUUCUAUGGUCUUAACAAAGGUGGUCCUCGGGUCGUACGAAUAUGUUACGUUUCAACUCUUAUCGGACAUAAACCCUUCUCUCGUUUUACGUUUUAACGUUUCAAAUACAUUUUUAGCUUUAAGGAUCAAUAAAAGGCUCACUGGGAUACAGCCUUGACUCUGCACUAGCAACCUUAUAUUGUGACAUUUUUGAGGAACAGAUCCUUGAAAACGUAAAGGCUACUAAGGGUGCCCAAAAAAAAUCGAUUUUCAGAUUAAUCACGAUUCUUAUUUGUAAUGAUUUAAAUGAUUCAAAAAAAUAUAUCACAGCUAUUUAUCUUAUGAAGGAGCAUUACUGAAAAAGUAUUAGUUUUGAAUGGAGAAUUGAUUUCUGAAUUGAAUUGUCACCCCAAGAAUCUAAUCGAGUGGUGCCGAAAGAUCCACAGCCCUAAAGGCUACCGUCCUUAUCCUUGAUGAUAGUCUCGACAGUUGAUAUCAAAGAGCUCUUUAUGACAUAAUCACUUCAAUGCCAAUGGCUUUCCUUUCUUUUGGCACACUGGAAGACCGCCGGAAGACCCUGCCUCACAGUUGGGAGACAAUACCUAAUAAAAUUUUAACUCAUGCGAUUACUCAACAAACAUCAGUUACCUGAAAGACGUCAGUGAUCUUGCGGGUAAAUUCCCCCUGGCUAAAACUCCAAAAAUGUAAAUCGUGCAAACGUUGGUUUAUGCCAGCAAUAAAAUUGACAAGGUGAAAUUAAUUAAUGAUAAAUGCUCAUCACAUACCUGAUAUCAUUUUGAUGAUUAAAGCUCACAUCUUAUGAAAACUUCCAUUUGAAAUUUGCUGAAAAUUUGAAUCUGAAAAAAACACAUGCUCAAAUAUCAAAUUAUAUUUAAGUAAAAGAAUUUGAAGUGUGAAUCAAAAUUGCAUUUAUACUGAAUAAAAAUGGGGUUUCACUCCGUUUGGUUCGAUGAUUAACCACAUCUCUCGAUAAAUUAAAUCAACAGCUCUGAUAAAUGUCAAUAUCCCUUAAAAGAAAACUUGUUUUGUUUGAUACAAUUCAACCGAAAAUUUACUAAAGUGGCUUACAAAAAUAGCAAUUAAUUCAAAAAAAUGCUGCCACCCUAAAUGUAUAUACAUAUACACACACACACA